GCUGAUCCACCGGAAUACCGAUUGUUGUCAAAAAUAUUUUGUCCAGUAUCAAGUCAUUUUGCUUCCAAAGAAUAUGGGAAAAGUUAAAUUAAAGACAAAAAAGCAGGGUCCCAAGAAACCUUUAACCCGCAAAGAACAACGUAAGCAAAAGGUUUUGGACAAAAAGAACAACAAACGGAUUUAUCAUGCCAGCAAAUCGAAUGGAGCAGAGCGCGUGGCCGCUGCUGCAGCAGAAGCAGCGGCGGCGGCAACUGUGCGUAAACAGAAACAAGGCAAACGUAAACGUAAGCCCAAGGGAAAUCCAUUAGAUCUUAAAUGGGAAGAGCUAAUCAAAAGUAAAUUGGGUAGCGAUGAUGAGGAUGAGUCUAUUGCAUCGGACUUUAGUGAUGCCGAAGUGGAUGCUCUAAUCCAGCCCAGUCAAAAGGUUGAGACCUUUGAGCCUCUGGGCAAAGUUCCUACUCAAAGAAAGCAAAAACAUGCUGGCAUUCAGCGUGUGGACGAGGCUGCCCAGCGUCGCAAGGAAUUACGCCAGCAAAAGGAAUUGGAGGGCAAAUCCCGUAAGCAAAGAAUAAAACAACUUAAACUGGAAAACGAAGAGGAGGAUCGUGAGAUAGCCAAGCUGGAGAAAAAACUAAAAUUGAACAAGACCAAGGAUAAGGGACGUUUGGUUAAAAAAAUGUUCAGUGAUGGAUUGGAUUACCUCUUAGAUUUCGUCAUGGAUGAUGAAGAGGAGAAACAGAAGUGGGAGCAGAAGCAGGAGCGAAAGAAACAAUUAAAAGAACAACAGGAGAAAGAAGAAGCCGGCAUGUGGAGCGAUGAUGAUGAUGAAAUGGACGACGAUAUGCAGCAAAGUGAUGAUGAAGAGGAAGAUGACAUGGUUGCCGAUGAGAGUGAAGAUGAAGAGGACCUAAAUGACAGUGACGAAGCCGACGAGGAGGAAGAGAAGGAGGAGGACGACGAAGACGAUGGCGAUGAGGAACCCACUCCCAAAUUCAAGGAGGACAUCUAUGGACGUCGUCGUGACGCAGAGGGCAACGUAGUACCAGAUAAUGCGGAGCAAGAGGGCCAAAAGUACAUACCACCACACCAACGCCGCGCCGCCCUUUUGGAUUCAGGAAGUGCCAAACAAUCGGAGCAAUUGGAACGCCUCCAAAAGCAAUGCAAGGGUCAACUCAAUCGUCUCUCGGAAGCGAAUCUUCAUAAGAUAGCCACCAGCAUUGAGGCAUUAUAUAUGAAAAACUCCCGUUACAAUAUGAAUGAGACGCUGACAAAGUUGCUCCAAGAGUCUUUAAUCGGUUAUACGCGCUCCAAUGAGCGAAUGGUUCAAGAGCACAUGGUCCUCUUGGCGUAUCUGCAUGCCCAAAUCGGCAGUGAGAUUGGAGCACAUUUUUUACAGAUUUUCGUUGAAUUAUUUGAUCAGUAUAUAAAAGAUAUAUCCAUCAUGGAGGUGGAGGAUAAGAGACUCAACAAUCUUGUCCUUAUUCUAUGCUACAUGUACAUCUUUAAGAUCUAUGAGCUAAGUUUGUUAAUGGAACUGAUUGGGCUUCUGGCCAAGAGUCUAUGUGAGAAAUCUGUUGAAUGUUUGCUACUGAUUUUCCAGUCAAUUGGUUUUCGUCUACGCAAAGAUGAUCCGGUUGCCUUCAAAACAAUGAUGCAGGGAGUGCAAAGUCAAAUAGCUGACGCUCCACUCGAACUAAAGGAUAAUCCACGUUUACGUUUCAUGGUUGACAUCCUAAAUGCCGUCAAGAAUAACAAUAUGAGCAAAUUGCCACAAUAUGAUCCACAAUUGGCGGAAAACUUGCGCAAACGACUGAAGGCGAUGCUAAAGAAUGAUCAUUAUGUGACCACAUUGAAUAUAAAACUCGAGGAUCUACUAAAGGCCGACAAAGUUGGCAAAUGGUGGAUAAUUGGCUCAGCCUGGACAAACGAUCUAAAUGGUGCUUCCAGUCAAGAUCACAACGAGAAAAGGGAUAAGAAGGAGGAGAAAUCCAAUUCCGGUUUCACCGAACAAUUACUGGAUCUGGCCAAACGUCAGCAAAUGAAUACCGCCGAGCGUAGACAAAUCUUUUGCCUUAUCAUGAGCGCUGCUGAUUAUGUGGAUGCCUUCGAGAAGAUACUCCAUUUGUCUCUAAAGGAUCAACGUUCCGUUGCCUAUGUGAUAUUACAUUGUGCCCUUAAUGAGCGUCGGCCGAAUCCAUAUUAUGCUCAUUUGGCAUUGAAAUUCUGUCAAUAUAAUCGCAAACAUCAAUUGGCCUUUCAGUUUGCCUCAUGGGAUCGCAUCAAUGAUAUCGAAUCCUUGACCAAAAAUCAAAUACGUAAUCUGGCUAGCUUCUUGCAGCAUUUAAUUCUCAACAGUGGCCUGCAAUUGUCCGUACUGAAAGUGGUUGACUUUAUGCAAUUGGAUAAACUGAGUUUCUAUUUCAUGCGAGAGAUAAUGGUCAAGUUGCUGCUGGUGGUGGAGGAGCGUGAACUCUAUCAGGCCUUCGAGCGUGUGGCCAAGAACACGAAAUUGCAACAGUUCAAACAAAGUCUCCGUCUCUUUAUGCAACAUUUUCUACUCGGCCAAACGGAGGAGCAAUUGGCCAAAUUGAAACUGAAGGAGGGACAGCAAGAAUUACUGCAACGUCGCAUUGAGUACCUGGACAAACUAUUGGCCUAUGUCGAUUUGUAAAUAGAAACAAAUAAAAUCAAGAACUUAAAUGUUAA